AUGAAGGAGAUCACUAUUGAUGAAAAUGAAAGUGCCAUCAGUGUAUGCAGGAGGGUGCUAAGUGGCUCAGAAACUGAUGAAAGAAUUCAAGAAACGGAGACAGCUGUCGAUGGUACUGUAUGGACAAAAAUUGCCGAAGGUGGUACUCCAGGAAGGUCAUCAUCUAAUUGUGUCUUCAAGGGUUGCACAGAAGAAGAGGGCAGUCGAAUUUCGGAGUACGAUUGGACAACAUCGUUACCGGAAAUACGUGCAUUUAUUGGAAUUUUAUAUGCUCGUGGGGCCUAUGAGGCAAAAAAAUUGAAAUUGACUUAUUUAUGGUCAGCAAAGAAGACAUGGCAGAUCAAAGUGUUAAGAAGUAAUUUGUCUAAACUGUCGGUACAAGUCGAAGAAAUUCUUAAGUCAGAGAUAAUUGGUAAUAAAUGUGAUAAUUUGGAUGCUGAAGCAACAAAUUCAAGCAAUGGUGGUAAAUUACUUAAUGAUAAUAGUACAAGAUCAGAAACAAAUCCAAAAGUCGAAGAAAUUUGUUUCCUAAAGUCCACAGAAUCUGAAUGUGAAUACGAUAUAUCAGAAGAAUCACACAAGCUCUUCCAAUGCACAUUGUGCUCCAAAUCCUACACCAAACAAAGCAAUUUAAAGGAGCACUUCAGAAUACACACUAAAGAAAACCUUUACAAAUGCAAAACAUGCCAAAAAAUCUUUACUCGACAAUCUCAUCUCACCCGUCACUCCCACAUGCACUCGGGUGCAAAACCAUUCACAUGUCAAUACUGCCUUCGUGGAUUCUUACAACGCAGCAACUUAUUAACACACAUCCUAAUUCACACCAAAGACUCUUCUUACAAAUGUUGUGGUAAAGUUUUCAAGAACCUGAAUCGUUUACAAGAACAUAAAAUUACACAUGGGGACAAACAGUCUUAUGACUGCGAUGUAUGUGGUAAAAAGUUUGGGAAUGUGGUGUCUUUGUCGAAACAUAAAAUGAUUCAUUCGGAUGACAGGCCUUUUGAAUGCACAGUGUGCGGGAAAGGGUUUACUAGAAGACAUGUUUUGACUAAUCAUAUGCAUGUGCACAAGGCUACAAAAUUUGUAUAA